GGGAGGAGGGGGGACGCAGGGGGCGGAGCGGAGACAGCACCUUCGGAGAUAAUCCUUUCUCCUGCCGCAGAGCAGCGGAGCGGCGUGAGAGGAACACUUCGCCCAGGCUUUAGCAGGGCCGGCAGGAUGGCGACCGUGGUGGUGGAAGCCACCGAGCCGGAGCCAUCCGGCAGCACCGCCAACCCGGCGGCAUCCACCUCGCCCAGCCUGUCACACCGCUUCCUAGACAGCAAGUUCUACUUGCUGGUGGUGGUCGGCGAGACGGUGACCGAGGAGCACCUGAGGCGUGCCAUCGGCAACAUCGAGCUGGGGAUCCGAUCAUGGGACACAAACCUGAUUGAAUGCAACUUGGACCAAGAACUCAAACUUUUUGUAUCUCGACAUUCUGCAAGAUUCUCUCCGGAAGUUCCAGGACAAAAGAUCCUACAUCACCGAAGUGACAUCUUAGAAACAGUAGUUCUGAUCAACCCUUCGGAUGAAGCGGUCAGCACCGAGGUGCGCUUGAUGAUCACUGACGCCGCCCGCCAUAAACUGCUGGUGCUCACCGGACAGUGCUUUGAGAACACAGGAGAGCUCAUUCUCCAGUCUGGCUCUUUCUCCUUCCAGAACUUCAUAGAGAUCUUCACCGAUCAAGAGAUUGGGGAGCUCCUGAGCACUACCCACCCUGCCAACAAAGCCAGCCUCACCCUCUUCUGCCCCGAGGAGGGAGACUGGAAGAACUCCAACCUUGACAGACACAAUCUUCAAGACUUCAUCAACAUUAAGCUCAACUCAGCUUCUAUCUUGCCAGAAAUGGAGGGACUUUCUGAGUUUACUGAGUAUCUCUCAGAGUCUGUGGAAGUCCCUUCUCCCUUUGACAUCCUGGAACCCCCGACCUCGGGUGGAUUUCUCAAGCUCUCCAAGCCCUGCUGUUAUAUUUUCCCAGGGGGUCGGGGUGAUUCUGCCCUGUUUGCAGUGAACGGAUUCAAUAUGCUCAUUAAUGGAGGAUCGGAAAGAAAAUCUUGCUUCUGGAAGCUCAUUCGGCACUUGGACCGAGUGGACUCCAUCCUGCUCACCCAUAUUGGGGAUGACAAUUUGCCCGGGAUCAAUAGCAUGCUGCAGCGGAAAAUUGCAGAGCUGGAGGAGGAACGGUCCCAGGGUUCCACCAGCAACAGUGACUGGAUGAAAAACCUCAUCUCCCCUGAUUUGGGGGUUGUGUUUCUCAAUGUCCCUGAAAAUCUGAAAAACCCAGAGCCCAACCUCAAGAUGAAGAGAAGCGUAGAAGAAGCAUGCUUCACCCUCCAGUAUCUAAACAAAUUGUCCAUGAAACCGGAGCCUCUAUUUAGAAAUGUAGGCAAUACCAUUGAGCCUGUCAUCCUAUUCCAAAAAAUGGGAGUCGGCAAACUUGAGAUGUACGUGCUUAACCCAGUCAAGAGCAGCAAGGAGAUGCAGUAUUUUAUGCAACAGUGGACUGGCACCAACAAAGACAAGGCAGAAUUAAUCCUGCCCAACGGUCAAGAAGUAGAUAUCCCAAUUUCCUACUUAACUUCAGUCUCAUCUUUGAUUGUGUGGCAUCCAGCCAACCCUGCUGAGAAAAUCAUUCGUGUUCUGUUUCCUGGAAACAGCACUCAAUACAACAUCCUAGAAGGGCUAGAAAAACUCAAACAUCUAGACUUCCUAAAGCAACCACUAGCCACCCAAAAAGAUCUCACUGGCCAGGUGCCCACCCCCACAACUAAACAAGUCAAGCUGAAACAGAGGGCUGACAGCCGAGAAAGUCUGAAGCCAGCUGCAAAACCACUUCCCAGUAAAUCGGUGAGGAAGGAGUCCAAAGAAGAAGUUCCUGAAGUCACAAAAGCUAGUCAAGUGGAAAAAACACCCAAAGUUGAAAGCAAAGAGAAGGUAAUAGUGAAAAAAGAUAAGCCGGUAAAGACGGAAACCAAACCUUCAGUGACAGAAAAGGAGGCGCCCAGCCGAGAGGAACAGUCCCCAGUGAAAGCUGAGGUGGCUGAGAAGCAAGCCACUGAGAGCAAACCCAAGGUCACCAAAGAGAAAGUGGUGAAAAAAGAAAUCAAGGCAAAACCCGAAGAGAAGAAAGAGGAGAAGCCCAAGAAAGAAGUGGCUAAAAAGGAAGACAAAACACCUAUCAAGAAAGACGAGAAACCAAAAAAGGAAGAGGUUAAGAAGGAGGUCAAAAAAGAAAUCAAAAAAGAAGAGAAAAAAGAGAUCAAGAAAGAGGUUAAGAAAGAAACGCCCAUGAAGGAUGCCAAGAAGGAAGUGAAGAAAGAGGAAAAGAAAGAAGUUAAAAAGGAAGAAAAAGAACCCAAAAAAGAAAUUAAGAAGAUCUCCAAGGACAUAAAGAAAUCGACACCUCUGUCAGAAACAAAAAAACCAGCUGCACUGAAACCAAAAGUAACAAAGAAAGAAGAGUCCACCAAGAAGGAGCCUGUUACUGCUGGGAAACUCAAGGACAAGGGGAAGGUUAAAGUCAUUAAGAAGGAAGGCAAGACCACAGAAGCGGCUGCCACAGCUGUUGGCUCUGCUGCCACCACGGCUGCUGCAGUGGCAGCAGCUGGAAUAGCUGCCAGUGGUCCUGCCAAAGAACUUGAAGCUGAGAGGUCCCUUAUGUCAUCCCCUGAGGAUCUAACCAAGGACUUUGAAGAGUUAAAGGCUGAGGAGAUUGAUGUGGCCAAGGACAUCAAGCCUCAGCUGGAGCUCAUUGACGAUGAAGAGAAACUGAAGGAAACAGAGCCUGUAGAAGCCUACGUCAUCCAGAAAGAGACAGAAGUCAUCAAAGGUUCUGCUGAGUCACCCGAUGAGGGGAUCACUACCACUGAAGGGGAGGGUGAGUGUGAGCAAACCCCAGAGGAGCUGGAGCCAGUUGAGAAGCAGGGGGUGGAUGACAUUGAGAAAUUUGAAGAUGAAGGAGCUGGCUUUGAAGAAUCCUCAGAGACUGGAGACUAUGAAGAGAAGGCAGAAACUGAGGAGGCUGAAGAGCCAGAAGAGGAUGGGGAAGACAAUGUAAGUGGGAGUGCCUCCAAGCACAGCCCCACAGAAGAUGAUGAAAGUGCGAAGGCUGAGGCUGAUGUGCACAUCAAGGAGAAGAGGGAGUCUGUGGCCAGUGGUGAUGACCGGGCAGAAGAAGACAUGGAUGAGGUGCUUGAGAAAGGAGAAGCCGAACAAUCUGAGGAGGGUGAAGAGGAGGACAAAGCAGAGGAUGCCAGAGAGGAAGACUAUGAGCCUGAAAAAAUUGAGGCUGAAGAUUACGUGAUGGCUGUGGUUGACAAGGCUGCGGAAGCUGGCAUUGCUGAAGAGCAGUACGGAUUCCUGAGCACAUCAGCCAAGCAACCUGGAGCCCAGUCUCCUGGCCGAGAACCUGCAUCUUCUAUUCAUGAUGAGACCCUACCCGGAGGCUCCGAGAGUGAGGCCACUGCUUCUGAUGAGGAGAAUCGAGAAGACCAACCUGAGGAAUUCACUGCCACCUCAGGAUAUACUCAGUCUACCAUUGAGAUAUCUAGUGAGCCUACCCCCAUGGAUGAGAUGUCUACUCCUCGUGAUGUGAUGAGCGAUGAGACCAACAAUGAGGAGACCGAGUCCCCCUCUCAGGAGUUCGUAAACAUUACCAAAUAUGAGUCCUCACUGUAUUCUCAGGAAUACUCCAAACCUGUCGUUGCAUCAUUCAAUGGACUGUCAGAAGGGUCAAAAACAGAUGCCACUGAUGGCAAGGAUUAUAAUGCUUCUGCCUCCACCAUAUCACCUCCUUCAUCCAUGGAAGAAGACAAAUUCAGCAAGUCUGCUCUGCGUGACGCUUACUGCUCAGAAGAGAAAGAUGUGAAGGCCAGUGCCGUGUUGGACAUCAAAGAUGUUUCAGAUGAGAGACUUAGCCCAGCCAAGAGUCCAUCCCUGAGUCCUUCUCCACCAUCACCCAUAGAGAAGACUCCCCUGGGUGAACGUAGCGUGAAUUUCUCUCUGACACCCAAUGAGAUUAAAGCCUCUGCAGAGGCUGAAGCAACAUCAGUGUCUCCUGGAGCGACCCCUGCAGUAGUUGAAGAGCAUUGUGCCAGUCCCGAGGAGAAGACCCUGGAGGUAGUGUCACCAUCUCAGUCUGUGACUGGCAGUGCUGGCCAUACGCCUUACUACCAAUCUCCCACAGAAGAGAAGUCCAGUCACCUACCUUCAGAAGCCACUGAGAAGUCCCAGGCGGCUCCAGUGAGUUUUGAGUUCAGUGAGGCCAAAGAUGAGAAUGAGAGAGCUUCCAUGAGUCCCAUGGAUGAGCCUGUGCCUGACUCAGAGUCUCCUAUCGAGAAAGUUCUGUCUCCUUUACGCAGCCCUCCCCUCAUUGGAUCUGAGUCUGCAUACGAAGACUUUCUAAGUGCUGAUAGCAAGACUCUUGGCAGAUGUACUGAAAGCCCCUUUGAAGGAAAGAGUGGAAAGCAAAGCCCAGAUAAAGAAAGCCCAGUUUCUGACCUGACUUCCACUGGUCUUUACCAAGACAAACAGGAAGAGAAAAGCACAGGCUUCAUACCCAUAAAGGAUGACUUUGGUCCAGAGAAGAAAACCGAUGAUGUUGAAAUCACAAGUUCUCAAUCAGCUCUGGCUUUGGAUGAAAGGAAAUUGGGAGGAGAUGUAUCUCCAACACAAAUCGAUGUCAGUCAGUUUGGCUCUUUCAAAGAAGACACCAAGAUGUCCAUUUCAGAAGGCACUGUAUCAGACAAGUCAGCCACGCCUGUGGAUGAGGGCGUGGCAGAAGAUACCUACUCUCACAUGGAGGGCGUGGCCUCAGUCUCUACUGCCUCUGUGGCUACAAGCUCAUUUCCAGAGCCAACCACAGAUGAUGUGUCUCCUUCUCUGCAUGCUGAAGUGGGCUCCCCACAUUCCACAGAGGUGGAUGACUCCCUUUCAGUAUCUGUUGUGCAAACACCUACCACUUUCCAGGAAACAGAAAUGUCCCCAUCUAAAGAAGAGUGCCCAAGACCAAUGUCAAUUUCUCCUCCAGACUUCUCCCCCAAGACAGCCAAAUCCAGGACACCAGUUCAAGAUCACCGAUCUGAACAGUCUUCGAUGUCUAUUGAAUUUGGCCAGGAAUCUCCUGAGCACUCCCUUGCUAUGGACUUUAGUCGCCAGUCUCCAGAUCACCCUACUGUGGGUGCGAGUAUGCUUCACAUCACAGAAAAUGGGCCGACUGAAGUGGACUAUAGUCCCUCUGAUAUCCAAGACUCUAGUUUGUCACAUAAGAUCCCCCCAAUGGAGGAGCCGUCCUACACCCAGGAUAAUGAUCUGUCUGAGCUCAUCUCUGUGUCCCAGGUGGAGGCUUCCCCAUCCACCUCUUCUGCUCACACCCCCUCUCAGAUAGCCUCUCCGCUUCAGGAAGACACUCUCUCUGAUGUAGUUCCUCCCAGAGAUAUGUCCUUAUAUGCCUCACUCACAUCUGAAAAAGUGCAAAGUCUGGAAGGGGAGAAGCUCUCUCCAAAAUCCGAUAUUUCUCCACUCACCCCACGAGAGUCCUCACCUUUAUAUUCACCUGGCUUUUCAGAGUCUACCUGUGCAGCUAAAGAGAAUGCAGCAGCUCGCCAGACCUCCUCUUCCCCACCAGAAGAUGCAGCGUCGGCAGAGCCUUAUGGCUUCCGUGCCUCAAUGCUAUUUGAUACAAUGCAACAUCACCUGGCCUUGAAUAGAGAUUUGACCACAUCUAGUGUGGAGAAGGACAGUGGAGGGAAGACACCUGGUGACUUUAACUAUGGCUAUCAAAAGCCUGAGAAAGCCACCAGGUCCCCCGAUGAAGAAGAUUAUGACUAUGGAUCAUAUGAGAAAACCACCCGGACCCCCGAUAUGGGUGGAUAUUACUAUGAGAAGACAGAGAGAACCAUAAAGUCUCCAUGUGACAGUGGGUACUCCUAUGAGACCAUUGAGAAGACCACCAAGACCCCAGAAGAUGGUGGCUAUGCCUGUGAAAUUACUGAGAAGACCACACGGACCCCUGAAGAGGGUGGGUAUUCAUAUGAGAUCAUUGAGAAGACAACACGGACCCCUGAAGUGAGCGGCUACACCUAUGAAAAGACUGAGAGGUCUAGAAGGCUCCUGGAUGACAUCAGCAAUGGCUAUGAUGACUCCGAGGAUGGCGGCCACACGCUUGGGGACUGUAGCUACUCCUACGAAACCACUGAGAAGGUUACCAGCUUUCCCGAGUCUGAAAGCUAUUCCUAUGAGACAUCUACAAAAACCACACGGAGCCCAGAUGCCUCCACAUACUGUUAUGAGACCAUGGAGAAGAUCAGCAAGACCCCGCAGGCAUCCACAUACUCCUAUGAGACCUCAGACCGAUGUUACACUACAGAGAAGAAGUCCCCCUCAGAGGCCCGCCAGGAUGUUGAUUUAUGUCUGGUGUCCUCCUGUGAGUACAAGCAUCCCAAGACGGAGCUCUCACCUUCCUUCAUUAAUCCGAAUCCUCUCGAGUGGUUUGCGGGGGAGGAGCCCACGGAAGAAUCCGAGAAGCCCCUCACUCAGUCUGGAGGAGGGCCCCCACCCUCAGGAGGAAAACAACAGGGCCGCCAAUGCGAUGAGACUCCACCCACCUCAGUCAGCGAGUCAGCCCCAUCGCAGACUGACUCUGAUGUCCCCCCAGAGACUGAAGAGUGUCCCUCCAUCACAGCUGACGCCAACAUCGACUCCGAAGACGAGUCGGAGACCAUCCCCACAGACAAAACCGUCACGUACAAACACAUGGACCCCCCUCCAGCCCCCAUGCAAGACCGGAGCCCUUCUCCUCGUCACCCUGACGUGUCCAUGGUGGACCCCGAGGCCUUGGCCAUUGAGCAGAACCUAGGAAAAGCUCUGAAGAAGGACCUGAAAGAGAAGACCAAGACCAAGAAGCCAGGCACAAAGACCAAGUCCUCUUCACCGGUGAAGAAAGCUGAUGGGAAGUCUAAGCCUUUGGCAGCUUCCCCCAAACCAGGAGCCUUGAAGGAAUCCUCGGACAAGGUGUCCAGAGUGGCUUCUCCCAAGAAGAAAGAAUCCAUGGAAAAAGCUACGAAGACCGCCACCACUCCUGAGUUCAAGGCCACGCGUGGGGAAGAGAAAGACAAGGACACCAAGAACGCCGCCAACGCCUCUGCAUCCAAGUCAGCGAAAACCGCAACAGCAGGACCAGGAACCACUAAGACGGCCAAGCCAUCCACCGUGCCUCCAGGCCUCCCUGUGUAUUUGGACCUGUGCUAUAUUCCCAACCACAGCAACAGUAAGAAUGUUGACGUGGAAUUUUUCAAGAGAGUGAGGUCAUCUUACUACGUGGUGAGUGGGAAUGACCCCGCUGCCGAGGAGCCCAGCCGGGCUGUCCUGGAUGCCUUGUUGGAAGGGAAGGCUCAGUGGGGAAGCAACAUGCAGGUGACUCUGAUCCCGACACAUGACUCCGAAGUGAUGAGGGAAUGGUACCAGGAGACCCAUGAGAAGCAGCAGGACCUCAGCAUCAUGGUCCUAGCCAGCAGCAGCACCGUGGUCAUGCAAGAUGAAUCCUUCCCUGCAUGCAAGAUAGAGCUGUAGAAAGCAGCCCGCCACUCCAUGGGAUUUGAACUUUGUUUCCAGAAAUUCUUGAAUUUGAAACUACCUUUUCUAAAACGUCCAUUCAUCUAAUUAAGUCACUGAACACUUACCUGCCAAACGCUGUACUGUGUCACGGUGAUGCAAGUCACUGAGAUUUCUCAAUUUUUGCUGAUUGCUAAGGGAAGUAACCAUUUUCCCAUAAUAGAAUUCAAGUUACUGCAAAAUUACCUACCCUUGUUCAUCUCUGCUGAAUAUUUGGAAGCCAUGCACUCGCGCACCCAACUGACUUCUGCUAGGUAUUGGCAUUUGUCUUAGAGAGAGAAAGAGAGAGGGGAAGAGAGGCAGCUUGAGGGGAGGGAGAUGGGGCAGUGAGGGACAAGAGAAUGCAGGAGAGAGAGAGAGAGUGAGAGAGGAAGGAUGAGGAAGAAAAAGAAUGCAAGAGAAGGAGAGCUAAUGGUGGAGAGUUCUGCUGACAUGCCCGGGGAGAAAGCGGGCAGGAUGGGGUAGAGAGAGACGCCAGCAAGUUCGUCUGCAUUUCCUCAGACCGCCAUGGUGUGGUCUACACCAGUGCAGUUUUCUGUUUUCAUCAGAGGCAUCAAAAAGAAUCUUAACCUCCUACAGCAUGUUUCUAAAGAACAAAAAGAGUGAGCCUGUUCCGAGGGCAUGAGAUUUUUCACGCCUUAAUUAAAUGCCUUUCCUCUAAAGGCUGCACACGCCGUCACGUAGCAAGUGCAGACUGGACACGCACGUGGUCGGAGCCCCACUCAGAACUCUCAGAUGUUUCGACACAGGAGUAGGUUAGCUAAGGCAUGCUCCCAGCAUUUGUCCACCCAAGCCCACCGAGUCAGCCUGCAUGCAGCAACGCCCACGUCCACCCCAGUCAACUGAAGCAAAUACCAAAGCAGUUGGGAGUACAUAUGGGAGAUACUUUGCCUUAGGAAGUGACGUGAAUGUACAAAGAUACCUGAUGCACUUAUUUUUUAACGUGAGACAGCAAGUUUUUAAACCAUCCAUGUAGGACUGUAGCUACUCCAGGUAAAGGAGCGUGUGGGGAGGGGAGGUACUAGAAGCUCAUCUGAUUGGUCCAGUGGUUUAAUGCUGAGUCGUGCUUGCCGAAUACCAUCACUUCGGAUGUACCUGUGGCCCCUCAGCCAAACAAGCUGCACCUUUCAUAGUGUGUUUAAUACUUCAAGAUCAAGAUGGAAAUGGCUUCUGUGAUCAGAACUGGGAAAACAGUGAAUCUUACGGUGGAAGAGAUUCCAGCAAGUGUACAGUAUUUGCCUUCAUUUGUCUUGCAUUGGCUAUUUUAAUUUUCCAUUAAUUUCAACGCAAUUAUGGGAACACAUGUACAGAAGAUUUUUUUUUAAGAUAAGUGAGAACUUUUCUUAGAUGAACUUUUUAACGAAUGUUUUCAUUUACAGGAAAAUGCAAAAAAAAUCAAGUGAUGAUCUUUUUUAUUUUAAGUGUUUUUUGUAAGACAAAAAUUGAAGGUUUUUGAGGUUCUGGCAAGAUUUGAAGUCUGAUAUUGAAGUUGUAAUAUUUAUUAAAAACCCAUAACCACCAGAAAUGGUGAUACCUCCCACCCUUUGACUCUCAUAACCUAACAGUCUGAUACAUGCUGUUUGAGAGUGGGUGGGCGGCAGGGUAGACCACUGUCAGGGCCUUAGUACAUUACCCAGUACUGCCCCACCUCUCCUUCCAGGGUUCUUCAACAUGUGGUAAAAGAGCCCGGGUCAGAAGAGCCCCAGCACCAGUUUGCUUGGGGGCUUGCUUUUCUGAAAAACAUUACAUGAAAGAAAUAACAGAUUGAAAACAAAUGAAUUCCCAGCUCCUACGCUCACCAAUGUAGAGUUCAGACAUAGUGUCCAGCGUUGUCUCGCUGAACCACAAACCUGUAAGGCCAGAUCACGAGGACAAGUGAUGUCAAGUUUCAAGUGGCAGGUCCGUGUGCCAGGGUUCAGGGGUGGCAGAGUUCUCAGAGACAGCCGUCCUGUGCUGUCACACUAGGUUUCCUGCAGACGACGGGGUAGUGAACAAUGACCUCAUUUUAUUUUCUACGUUAGUUAUUUAUUUCAAAAUUUACAUUUUAGUUUAUUUUCGUCUGUGAAGUAUAUGUUUCGCACUGCUAUUUACUCUUGAGGGUUCAAACAAUACUUUCUCCAGGGUCCCCUCACUGAGGACCUGUGCAGUCUACUUAAUGCUGUGAAUCACAUUUUCCAAAUGUUUAAUUUUUUAAAGAAAAUUAAUAUUCUAUUUUUGUUAGGUGUCUCUAGGAAUGCAAUUUUUUAUUUAUUAUCCUAUUUCUUUCAAACCCACAAAAGUAAUGCAUUAGAGGUACAAACAUGUCAUAUAUGAUAGAAAAGUCAUCGUGAUGAAGACAGACUUCAUUGACUAUAACCUCAUUUGCUUCACACUUCAUGAGACAAGUUGAUACACACAAGGUAGUUAUUUAAUGGUAGCUGUUGGGCUGGUCCACAUAAUAUACACAGAGAGAAACAGUUUCUAGCCUUCUUGCCAAAUCCAGACCUCUGGGUGAUUUUUCUUUUAUAGACGAUGGAGUUAUUUCUCAGUUUACCAAAUUAAAUUUAUUUAGCCUGUAUAUUAUUUUGUUUUAAAAGUAUAAACAUCUUAGAAGAGCCAUAGCCAGCCUUCAGUUAUAACCACUCUACCCAACACUCAUUAUCUUUCCUACAGGUUCUAAUAGGAAAAAUACUAUUCAAAACUGUCACCGAUCCACUGGCUCUGAUUCCUAUCCAAUCUGGCAGCACCCUUUUGCACCCGCCGUUCUCAGUGGUGGCCAUGGGGCUGAGGACACCAGGGUGAAUUACAUUUGCUUUACAGGUGGCUCCUGACUUCCCAGGCACCUCUCCUACCUGCGUGGCUAGUCUGAUUUUGCUAGUUCCAUACAUACACAAUUAGUUUAGAAGCAGCCAUCACAAUGGACCAUGUACAUUUGUGGUGAGGACUAAAAAACUGACAAAGACAUCUAGAAGAUUUGUGCAUACAAUCCUUAAUCCAAUUGUAUAGAUUGAAUAUUUGAGUGGAAGGGAUUUCCACCCUGUUUAAAUGAUGGAAUUCUAUUGAGCUAGCGCUCUUGAUCAUGACCUUUUUGGUAGUGUUUGUAAACAAAAUUCUACAGAGACUAAAUCUUAGAGAUAAUCCUCCGUUUUCAAUUUUAACCAAUCUGUCCUCUUUUUCCAACCCCAACCCCCAUGCAUGCUUUCUCAGUCUUGUGAUGGGACUGGAUACAGUGACCACCCCCCCUCACCCCAAACACCAUUUUCCAUGAAAUUCAAAAGAAAAAAAAAAAAAACUUUUUUCUUAAUGUUACAUAUCAUAGUGAAUGUUUUCCCCAGUGUAUAUUGAAUGUUUUAAGUGUUUCCAAUAGCUUAUGAAAUUUAGAAGCUUUCUAAUACUCGUUUUAUAAAUUUAAUCAUUUGCUAAUGGGAAUUUUACCACCUUCCAUUUCUGUUACAAAUCUCGGCUCCAGGGAGCGACGCUACAACGCUACAAUUCUGGAGUUGCUUUUCUUGCCUGUCACAGGAGGUCCCUGCUCGGCAAUGACCUUUGUGAGUUAGGAUAAUGACUUUUCUUCUUUUCUUUCUUUUUUCCUUUUGUACUUCAGAUGUAGGAAAAAAGGAUUCUGUUUCCAUGUGAAAGGAACUGUAAGCGUUUAUCAUUUAACCAGCUGAACAACACACCAAAAGCAGCCUAGAGAUGGACACUGCUUUGGUAGCAAUUAGGUCUUAUUCACCUGGUAUUUAAACUAUUUACAAUUUCAAACAAACAAACAAACAAACAAACUGUGACUUUAUGAAUUCAUUUCAAGGGCAGCAUCCAGAACUGAAAAGGAAGAAAAACAACAGCUAAUAAUAACCACCACGGGCUUCUCCGAGUGGGUGGAGCUCCAGAAGCAGGGACCCUGGAGAGGCUCUGCUCAGCUGCCCUGGCCCCAGUGAUGGUUCUUGCUUUUUCGCACCUGCAGCUCGUGUGCAGCCCGAGCCCGGCUGUGGAGAAGCUCACUCCUCUCUCUUGUUCUGAAUGGUGUUUGUGUCAGUCUGCAGCUGUGUAUGGUAUUAUGUCUAAUAAUCCUGCAUCACUUCCAUCCUAUCCAGUCAUAUCUAAUGUAGAAAAAUUAGUUUCCAGUGAAAGUAAUAUGUAGUGCUUUUAUGAUAUUUGUGUGCAAUAUCCCCUCUUCCAUUGAGGAUAUUUGAUGUAAAGGAAAAAAACAAAACAAAACAGAAACUCAGUUCCACAAUAAAAUGCAAAGUGGCAAAAGUUCA